AUGGCCGCACAAGGCGGUAUCUCUGACCCCGGUCUCAUAACACUGGUGAACAAGCUUCAAGAUGUAUUCACAACUGUCGGUGUACAAAACCCAAUAGAUCUUCCUCAAAUAGUAGUGGUGGGGAGUCAGUCGAGUGGAAAGAGUUCGGUUCUGGAAAACAUAGUUGGGAGAGACUUUUUACCUCGAGGAACUGGUAUUGUUACCAGACGACCGCUCGUGCUACAACUUAUUAACCGUCCGCCUGCCGCCAAAACAAAUGGGGUACAGGAUACUGAGGAACUGAUCGCUGGAAGUGAUAAAGAAGCCAAUGCCGAUGAAUGGGGCGAGUUUCUUCAUAUUCCCGGGCAAAAGUUUUAUGACUUUAAUAAGAUUAGAGAUGAGAUUACAAAGGAAACAGAGGCGAAGACUGGUCGAAAUGCGGGAAUCUCUCCGGCUCCCAUCAACCUCCGCAUAUACUCCCCAAAUGUUCUUACUCUUACCCUUGUCGAUUUGCCCGGGUUGACUAAGGUUCCAGUUGGAGAUCAACCCAGGGACAUUGAGAGACAGAUUAAGGAGAUGGUCCUCAAACAAAUUAGCAAACCAAAUGCUAUUAUUCUUGCUGUUACAGGUGCCAAUACCGAUUUGGCUAACUCCGAUGGACUGAAGCUUGCGCGAGAGGUCGACCCAGAAGGUCAAAGAACAAUUGGUGUUUUGACUAAGGUCGAUUUGAUGGACGACGGAACCGAUGUGGUGGAUAUUUUGGCUGGACGAAUCAUUCCCCUGAGAUUAGGUUACGUGCCAGUCGUCAACAGAGGUCAAAGGGAUAUCGAUAAUAAGAAGGCGAUUACUGCGGCGCUGGAAAACGAGAAAAACUUCUUCGAGAAUCACCGAGCAUAUAAGAACAAGAGCUCAUAUUGCGGAACUCCUUAUUUGGCCAGAAAACUGAACCUUAUCUUGAUGAUGCACAUCAAGCAAACUCUCCCAGAUAUCAAGGCUCGUAUACAGGCUUCAUUACAAAAGUACACUGCCGAGUUGACAGGUCUUGGAGAUUCGAUGCUUGGAAAUAGCGCGAAUAUUGUGCUCAAUAUCAUUACAGAAUUCACAAAUGAAUGGCGGACGGUCCUAGAGGGUAACAACCAGGAGCUUUCCAGUAUCGAACUUUCAGGAGGUGCUAGAAUCAGUUUCGUCUUCCACGAACUUUAUUCCAAUGGUGUUAAGGCUGUGGAUCCAUUUGAUCAAGUUAAGGAUAUUGACAUCAGAACUAUUCUCUACAACUCUUCGGGUUCUUCGCCUGCACUGUUUGUUGGUACCACUGCUUUCGAGCUAAUUGUUAAGCAACAAAUUAAGCGCCUGGAAGAGCCAAGUUUGAAAUGUGCUUCUUUGGUCUACGACGAACUGGUCAGAAUUCUUACUCAACUUCUUGCCAAGCCAUUGUUUCGCAGAUAUCCUUCACUGAAGGAGAAGUUUCAUGCCGUCGUCAUUGCAUUCUUUAAGAAAGCCAUGGACCCUGCCAAUAAGCUUGUAAGAGAUUUGGUAGCUAUGGAAUCGUGCUAUAUCAAUACUGGUCACCCUGAUUUCCUCAAUGGUCACAGAGCCAUGGCUAUCGUCAGUGAAAGGCAUAAUGCAGCGAAGCCUAUCCAAGUUGACCCCAAGUCUGGAAAGCCAAUCCCAUCAACACCUGCACGUACCGCAAGCCCAACACUUGAUGGAAUGGGUGAUGGUCCUAAUGGAGGUUUCUUCGGAAGUUUCUUUGCAUCCAAGAACAAGAAGAAGAUGGCUGCCAUGGAAGCUCCACCGGCGAUUCUCAAGGCUUCUGGAACUUUGUCAGAGAGAGAAGGAACAGAAGUUGAGAUUAUUAAGCUUCUCAUUAACUCGUAUUACAAUAUUGUAAAGCGAACCAUGAUCGAUAUGGUACCAAAAGCCAUCAUGCUCAACCUUGUCCAAUACACCAAAGAUGAAAUGCAACGAGAGCUUCUAGAGAAUAUGUAUAGAACCGAUACUCUCGAUGAUUUGCUGAAAGAAAGCGACUACACUGUUCGAAGAAGAAAAGAAUGUCAACAAAUGGUUGAAUCACUUUCGAAAGCGAGCGAGAUUGUUAGUCAAGUGCAAUAA